AUGGACUAUUCCCAGCUCCUGCAAUCGCUCGAGUCGGUCUGUGGUGAUGGUCUGCAAACUGCGAGAACCCGUACCCGUGCCGAGGAGGUGAUUCAGUCCUUUAAGGGCAUGCAGCAUUUACUGCCGGCGUGUCGGUUUGUUUUGGAGCAUACACACAGUCCUCAGCUUCAGUUUCAUUCUGCGGCUGCUGUUAGGGAGGCGGUUGCGCGGGAGUUCAGCGUAUACCGUGUUGAGGAUAUCCAAGGGUUUGAGGGCUGGUUGUUGGAGUAUUGCUCGAGCCGCAUUCAAGUGCCUCGAUACGUCAGGGAUGCUCUUAUGUCCGCUGUGGCUACCAUUGCGAAAAGGUUGAUGCUCGAAACAGGGGAGCAGGAGGCAUGGCUUCUUCUGGAGAAGCUGUGGCAGCUCCGGCAAGGCAACAAGGACCAGCAAGUUCUGUGUCUCAGCCUGGCAACGGCUCUGCUGGAUGAAUUCGGAACAUCGAGUAAAAGCUCACCGCUCCGACUAUCAUUGGAGAUGCACCACCAGGCAAAGAAGAUUUUCAUGGAUGUAUGCUUGAUUUACGUCUGGCAAAUGGUGCUCGAGACACUUCAUUCCCGUAUCGCCAUCAACGCCGCUGCUGAUGAACUAACCGAGGGCGAAGACGUCCUGCUGAACAAUGCGAUUACGGUGUCUGACCGAAUCAUCUCUUGGGACUUUCAGCAUGAUGAAGCCAACCCCGCUUUCGCGGGUUCAGUUCAGAAGGACGCUGAUGCGGAUGACCAAGAUACGGAUGAACUACCCCUACUCUUACCCGCUAGCUGGCAAGAAGCCGUCAACAACGACGUCAUCGGCCUUCUCUUCAUGGUAUACCAGCGUCUUCAGGGAACCGCAUCUCUUGCCUCCAAUCACUGCCGUCACGUCCUCAUCCGACUUGCAAAUGUCACGGGACCGGUGUUUACGACUAAGGAUGCGGUAGAGAAUUGGUGUCGGGCAUUCUUGUCUCAGAUCACUCCGUACUUGAAGGCUAUGGUUACAGCGGGGAAUGCUGUCACCGAGAUCGGACCCCAUUCCCUCGGACUCGCAAAAAUGGCACGGGCUAUCUUGGUUCCGGGCGUUCAUACUGACGCAAUCCUGAACGGUGAUGCGAUAUUAUGGGAGUUCUUGGGUGCUGCAGCGGAAGCAAUGAUAUGGCUAUGCAGAGAGGCCUCACGAAACGGCGGAGACCAUGAGGAGUCGUCUUGGUUAUGGGAGGCAUUCAACGGAUUCGCGGGCGUUUGGGCGGAAAUUCUGAAGAAAGUGAAGAGUCAUGAGAACAAUCAAGCCGUUCAGCAUCUUAGGAGUGUGUGUGAGAGGGUGUCGGAGGCGUAUGUUCAGUGUCGGUUGGAAAGUGCGGCGUGGAGUGUGGAGCAUGAGAAUGACGAGGAGCUUGAUAUUGAUCAGGAUGAGAAGGACUGGGAACAGAAUGAGGAGCAGCUUACGGUUGUUGCUACAUUGGCGAGGGAGUCUCCGAAGACGAUGGUGACUAUGCUGCAGUUGUUGACGGAACGGGUGAAUGCGUACAAGAUGGCUCAGGCUCAGCAGCAGUUUGGGACACAUGUCUAUGUUCUACACGAACACAUGCAUUGGUUACUUCUCGUCUCGGGUUUCGUCCUUGCUGAAGACCCUCACGGAGAUCCUGAGAAACGCGUUACCUACGUCCUCCCUCACAUCCCAGAUAUCUCGCAGAUCGUACUGACGUACACCCAAAUGAUCGGUACAGAACAGGAAGAACUUUGGAGUCCGCAGGUUGUGGAGACGCUCUGGUGGUGGCUGGAGAGAUGGACGCUAUCAUAUCUCUAUGCCGACUCCUACCCGGCGUUCAGUGGCGAUGCCGGACGUGAAAUUGCGUCCUUUAUCAUUGAUCGGAUGAAGGCGCAUAUGGAGGGAUGGGCGAGCGAGGCGAGUGUUAUUUUGCAGAUCGCGAAGACGUUGAAGACGUUUGCUGGGCAUCAGAAGUUGCGGGAUGGGAUGUUGCUGACCCAGACCUUCCAUACGCUGGUGGAGUACCUCGUUAAGAAUAUUGAGAAACUUCCGGAAGCUGCGCAUGGGGUUGUUGUCGAGACCGUUACAAUCUUUGCGGCUGGUGCGACUCAAGCGGAUGUCAGGGCUCAUUAUAUGAGUUUGGUCAUGAACAGUGUGGAGAAGGACUUCGUUUCGUUGGUUCAGCGACCUGACUUUAGCAAGAUUGCACAGCAAAAUGUGGUCUUCUCGAAACUUAUUGACACGAUGGACAUGUUUCAGGGUCUCUGCCGUGGAGUUCAGCCGCAAACUGUCAACGAGAUCUUUGACCUGGUCGCAAAGUACUCUCCUCAUAUGUUGGAGUUGCUCAAGACCUAUGGAAGUGUUCCCGAAAUGGUCAUGUCCAUUUUAAAAGUCUACGUCACUCUUGUGCAGUCCACUGAGAUUGCUCAACUGGCACCCGAAGUGCAGACCGUGCUCACGCAGCAUUCAUUGGAGUUGAUGAAGGUAUAUGACAGCAUCACAAAGAGCCAGAAGGAGAGCCAUGAGAUUGCGGAUGAGCCUUAUGGUGACGUGAUCUUGAUCAUGGAGUUUCUGUCAAAUCUUGUGGCCUUGGAUUUGCAACGCGCACGGGCCCAGUCUGUCUCUUUAUCGCAGUCCCCUAAUCAUGAGGUCAUCCUUUACGGUUGGCAUAUUCUUCUACCCAAGGUUACUGCGGACGCUCUCGAGAUUCCGCAGGUUGCUAUCAAGAACGCCAGUCUCAUUCGCGACCUUGUGGAGUAUUACCCGGAUAAACUCACUGCUCUGCCGGACGAGGUGCUGGACACUAUUCGUCGCGCUCUGUCGAGUAACUUGGGUAGCCCUGUGUAUGAGGUCGUUGACUCCUUGUAUCAAGGUAUCUCUGCGUUCGCGUUGUUCGCCUAUAGCCUCCAACGCAAGGGUGAUAUGGCGAGUUUGGCACGUCUUGCUGGACCUAUCGAUGGCCUCUUGGAGACUGCGCUGGGCAACCUCCUCUUCGGCCACGUGGUCAGUGAUCUCGUCGGGCAAGCAGCCGCCGCACUCCUCCCGCUCAUUUGCUGCAGUGAGCAGAAGUACGAGACGUUGGUACGCGGCCUGCUCGAUCAACAUGCAGCAAACCCGGAUACGCAUCAGAGAUUGGUUAACGCGUUCACAAAGUUGACGGCUGCUAUUCCGCCUGAACUGCCGGAGGGUAUCACGCUGGCUAGGAGCAAGGAGUUGGGCGAGUUCAAUAAACAUUUGUUUGUAUUUUUGAACGAAACUAGGGGCAUUUUGAUGCAGCGAUGA